AUGGGUGGAUGUGCUAGUAUACCCAUCAAGUUCAAGAGGGCCGGCGGAGUCCCCCCAGAGCCCGCGAUGGAUGAGUCAAUCGCUGCCUUUGCCCUCGUUGAGGAGCAGAAGACGGCCGUGGAGGUGAACAUGGAGGUUGAGGAGACCAAGGAAGAAGAAAAUGCCGAGAUUGAGAAGAAGGCGGAAGAUGAGAAGGAUGCUCCCUCUCUAGGUACAUUGCUGGAUAAGGAUGGAGAAAAGAAAGAGGAGAAGAGCGAGGGAGAGGCUGCUGAUGCAGGCGAGCCCAAGAAGGAAGAGGAGACAGAAGUAAGAGGGCUGAGGAGGCCAGGAAAGAGUAGAAGGAAAUAG